CAGGGUGUUAUAUACAUAUAACGAAGGGAGUGUAUUGACUCCCGCAUGAUAUAUACUUGUGUAGCUAGCUGGUGUGGGACUCCAUGAGCUAGUAGGGCAGGUGACCACGAGUAAACACAUACUCAUAGACCAGCCCAUCAAUUACCGGUACUGCGCAUGCGCAAUGCACCGAGAGUUUGAACUUUAGUGCUUUUCAUUUGAUGUAUUCCUCACCUUGUCUACAGGUGUUAACCGUUAUAACUCCGCACCAUCUCUUCUGUUACCUGACGUUAAGGAUAUUAUCUUAAUAAUCAUUACAUCUGUUCGCACACAGCAAAGGAUGUUUGCUCAAUUGCCACUUGGGUCUUAUGCUGUUCUAGACAAUCAGUGCUCUGCUUUCAAACUGGAUAAUCUUCUGAAAGAUAUGAAUGCAUAUUAUGGCACAAAGGUUUUCGAGGAAGAUUGUCACUUUGUUUCUGAUGGGGAGGUUGUUGCAGCUUAUAAAGAUAAUUACUGGUUCAGAGCAAAAAUUAUCAAGUGCUCAAAGGAAAAUGUGAUGGUUUUCACGGUUGACUUUGGAGAUAUUUUUCUUGUUCAUUCAUCUGAUAUAAGAAUAAUUCAAGAAGAGUUUUUAAUCUUACCAUUUCAAGCAAUUGAAUGCUUCAUUCAAGAAACUUUGAGUAAUGUUGACAGUAAA